AUGCUGGCCGGCAAUAACAAGAUGGAAAGGGAACCAGGACAUCGCCCUUCCCACGCAGGAGGCGGACAGGGCAGCGGCGGUGCAAGAGCAGAAGACAUUAGGCACAAAGUGCAACAAGAUGCCCUUGGUGCGAAGGCCAGUGCAGCAGAUUUUGUAAAGAGCUGGGUAGCCGCAACGAUCAAAAUACCACGUCGUAGACGACUUGAUGCUUUGGUUGGUCUGGAAAGAUCUGACGAGAACUUCCAUCGAUAUGCCUUUGUGAAAUACAUAGAAAAGCAGAUCAACUCUUUUGUGGCUCCCACAAUUGACGCUCAGCUGAAGAGUGCUCGGAUAUCAGAUGGCGCCCCGCAGCUGGAUGUCCCGAUGCUCGUAGAGUCGCUGAUGAACUCGGAAGAGUAUGCCAGCUUCGUGAGAAAACUGCUGGAUGACGCCAGCGAAAGCAUCUCCCAGCUCAUGGCAGAGGGACCUACAUCUCUCGCGCCAGUGUCCAGUGAUGCCUUUGCUGAUGAAGAAACACGAAGACAGCAGGAGCAUAGAAACGAGCUGCGGAAGCUUACACAGGAUCUUUCGACUCAAAGCCUGUCAACGAAUGAGAGUGCGAGCUGGUCAUUGUCUCUGGAAGGGCAGACUUGGAAGAAACUUCCAUAUUCUUCCUUGCCCGUUUUGUCUAUCGAGGAGAUUCGGACAAUCGAGACGAAUCUACAGCGUAGAAACAGCGUGGAGGUCCGACAGGGCGCAUUGCAACGGCUAGCGUCAUACCCAUCUAUGGAUCUCCUAUGUGGAGAGGUUUGGCCAGACGCAAAGAGCGCUUUGAAAAGUGCCAUUAGCGACCCAGAUAGCAGGAUAGCGACUGGAUGUCUACGAAUCUACGCGCGGAUCUUUCGGGCAGCUCCUACGACGAUGAUGGGCGAGAUUUACCUGAGCUUGGUUGACCACUUGACGCAUAUCUUCGAAUCUGGCUACCAAGAUAAGGUGGUUGACGGUCUCUGUAUUGAGGACGUCAGAGUGCAGCUCCUUCUCAAAAAGUUCAGACUGUUGAAUCAGUUUCAGCAAGAGCUUACCUCUUGCUGGGUCCGAUUUUCUGAUCAACUUAUCAAAGAAGUGAUGUUGGCCACAUUUAGGCUGUUCGGGCUCUCAUCCUCCAUAGCGGGUUGGGCGGACCGAAUGAAGUCAUCGCUAGUCACUGGAACUGCCCCUGGGAAAUCUUCAUUCAUCACACCGCUGCAUUAUCUAAGCAUCGUCGAUGUCGGAGCAGUCUGGUUCGAAAGGUGGACGAUCAGCAAGUUCGGCAGAUCGCAUAUCGCUGCCGCUGUGUUGGAGACAGGGGUAUUGAAUGGCCUUGCUGCCCGCUUCAUGGCUCACGCCGCCCAUCUGCUCCGCACAUCUUCUUCCAUUGCGAAAAACUGCGAUGAGGUUCUGGUUUUGGAUGUAGAGGUUGCGGAAGACCUCGACGAGCUGGUAGCGCGCCGCAAAAUCGGCAUCGAAGACCUCGAGUACGUGCACUUCCUGCAUGUCCUUGUAGUAUUGGGAAAGCUCUCCAUUUUCGAAGGAGGAAAAGAAUGCUUCCCGGUUGAUUUGAUGAGCGCCCUGGGAGUAGCCGCAGUGCCCGCUCUUCAAAAUGUGCUUGGAGAGAGCCUCACCAAUUCUAAGGCAUCCACACCUCAACAGGCGUGCCUCACACUCGAAGGACUGACGCAAAUAUUCGUCCGGCUGAUGUGUCAAUGCCCACGGACGACAUUCACGAUGCACAUGGAGGACGGAGCAAACAAAGGUCAUACAUUGGAGGCGUUGAAACUCUCGAGCUUCGUUGUCCGACUGCUGCGGGAGAUUAUUGAGACAGACAAGCUCUACGACAAAAGGUUGCUGAAGAGUUCCGUAUUCGCGGAGCUAAUGCAGCCUUUGCAUACCGCGCUCGGAAGCGGGUCCCAGAAGGGAUCACCCAACGAUCUGGAGUCUCUCUCUGACGUUGCGGAGACUUUAUCCAACAUCGCGGCCACGGACUCGGGGAGGCAGUUUAUAUUGCAGCAAGAAACCGCGGCACUAGUCACGGUGAAAUCUCGCAACGACUCGAAAGGAAUCUCAAACCGGCCGGAGCAAGCACGGGUGCUCCAGACGGUGACCUCGUAUGUCGAACAAAUGAUUCGUGUGGGGAUCACAUCACAGCAAGAAGUCAAAGUUCUGGGAGGAUUCAUCUUUUUCCUUCGACAACUAUACAGAACUUGCGAUGGUUUGCGGCAUCUGCAGCAGUAUAACCUGCACAUGACUUUAGCGAGGAUUCUAAACAAUGGUCCGUGGAAGGACAAAAAUGGAGAACUAGCUGUUUCCAUGAGCAAAGCGUGGCACUCGAUCGCUGUUGACAAUUUGCUGAAUUACGCUGGAACGCCAAAGGGAGUCCUCUUGCUUCAGUUAAGCGGGUCGAUGAAUCCAGCUGUCGCAUAUAUGGUUCGCAGCUUUUGUUUCAGAUACGAGAAGAAAAUGCAAGUGAGCAAAUGCGACAAAUUCGGUUAUGGGGUGCUGGUCUCCCAGAUCUCCACAACGAAGAGUGGCAUGCAGGCAUUGUAUUCGGCGGGCUUAUUGAAACUCUUCUUUUCGGAUAUGUGGGGCUUUCUGGAGCACGAUGACACGGUCAGCAUUGCCGCACCCCUCAUCGAACCAUUGGACGACCAUCUUGCCAAGAAGCUGGUCGGCAACAUUUUGAAAGUCUUGAUAUCGUUUCCGGGCCUGUGCGCGAUCGUGGCUGAAGAGGACAAGCCUACCACUGGGAGAGACUCGUUGGAUUUCCUGAUGAAGAAUGCAUUGACGGACAACAAGGGUUCUCGCAGGAGUGAUGGAACACUCGGACGAUAUGACGAGCUUCAGCUCGUGGCUCUACGCAUCCUGAAGAUCGCAAGCUCUUCGCUGGACUCUUGCAUCCUGCUGCAAGCGCAUUAUCGAUUUCAGGAGGCAUUGCUCAGCAUGCAAGUGAAUGCACAGGCAAAGUCUGGUGGGCGGCUUCCGAUCGACGAACCGCAAGUUAUUGACGAGGCAUCCCUCUUGCGCAAUUACAUUCUCAUCGCGACAUUCGCCGUGGGUGGAGCUGGGGAACGCGUCCUUCCGCCUAUAAAGCUGUGCGAUGUCCUCCAACAACCACUUCCCACCGUGCAUGCAUACCCGGUCCCAGUUGAGUACAUGCCACCCAUAGCGCAGGUUGGAACUUCCAUGACUCCCCAGCUCAAGACCAUGGAAAAAGACCUUGAGAAGUUGCUUUCGCAGCCAGCAUCACAGAUGGCCUCGUCUGCAUGGCUGCAGAAUAUGGAAUCCGUCGUCAGCAACAUCAUCACGUUCGAAGGGGAUACAGUCUUGCUAUCCGCUCGCAUUCUCUCUGCGUGCCGGUUUCUCCCUGAAAUUUUGCGGGCGCUGAUCAACCUGCCAGAAAGGGAUCGAAACUCUAUAGGCUGGAUUACACUCAAUGCCGUGAAGCCUGAUGCAAAAGUAAAAUCACACGGGCCCGAUAACACCAGCCUUCUCAAAUACGACUCCAUUGGGCUCGAUAUCGCUGCACGAUAUGCGCACCGACAUAUGCGCUCUAUCCCGACAGAAAAGUUCAGGAAAGAUCUCGCCAGCCUUCUGCACGAGACACGGACUCUGCUCAGGCCUCAUCAGAAGCAGCCUUCCGAAGCGAGAGAAACUGCACAAGAGCUCUCUUCAACAUUCCCCGGCUUUGAUUGGUUCCUCAGCACCGCCUUCAUAUUACUACAGGGCGAUAAGCAGCGGACAUUGACGUACCUUACCUCACUGUUACCGUACCUGCCUUCUAUGUAUAUGUGGCCCCAGCGAGCCCAUCGCUCUCGGCUUUUUGACCCACAGCGAUAUGAUGUGCCGCUGCUGUACUCGACGUGCUGCCAUCUUGUGGAGGCGAUUUUGGAGACCGAGCUGCCGGCCUUAUUUUCUGCUUUCACCUUGAGCGGUUGUACGCCGAGUCAGCUCACCCAGCGCUGGUUCCGCGAACUCUUUUGGACACAUCUACCUCUCUCGUCAAUCGGAACAUACCUUCUGUUGGCGACUGUCUUUGGGAUCGAUUACCAGAUAUACUUCUGCAUCGCCCUCUUGAAGCACAUUCAACCUGCAGUGCUGAUAGCUACCAGAGAUCACGGGCUGGUGGCGUUCUUGGGGGAUCCAUCUCGAGUGGUUGGCGCCUCAGAUGGCAUUCCACACAUCUCGACGGCAGGAAAGCAGAAGGAGGGAACGCAUGGGAAAAACUCUGGGGAUGAUGACGUAUUUGCACCAGCUCGGUACUUAUCUUACAUGCACACUCUGCGAGACAAAUACCGGAUCGCUGUACUCCGAGAAAUGCGAGAGGCGGUUGGAUGUUGA